UCAAAGGGUUACCAACUUUUUGCGCCCCACAUUCUUCUCUCUCCUUCACGUGCUAUCAUUCCAUUAAUUCCCACUCACAGCACAGACAAAAGCUCAUUGGAUUUUCAGAUAACUUCCUUCUUCUUCUUCUUCUUCUCCCGUUCUCUCGUUCUCUCCUUCUUUCUUUCGUUCUUUCAACCAUUCUAAACUGCAUACCAUCCCAUGUCUCUCUGAAUUUCGAUUGAACUCCGUUUCUUUUGCUUCAAUUCUCUUCUACUGUUUUCUGGGUCUAUGCGAAAUUUUGUUUGCCGUCCUCGAUUCUAUGGCUGCCAAGGCUUCCACCCACAUGUUUCAGAACGGUGGCGAUAUCAGUCGCCAAGAAAUUCAAGCGGCCAUUGCUAAAGCUGUCGAGCUUAGGGCUCUUCAUGCCGCUCUUAUGCAAGGAAGUAGCCCUUCUAAUGUUCGAUUCCCUUCGGCUUCUCCUGUUUCUCAGGCUGCUUCUCAAUUCUCUGCGCAAGAUUACCCUGUUUUUACCCCUAGUUAUGAAGAUGAACCGACGAAUGGCUACCACCAAGUUCCGAUGAGAAUUGGGACUUUUUCAGAAACCUGGGAUGAGUAUGGAUUAGGAGGUGGAGGAAAUGAAGAUGAAACAGUUUUAUCUGAUUAUAGGAAGGAGAUUUCAAAAGGGUUGGGUUCUGAUUUCACAAAUUCUGAACCCCAUAUUUGUCCUGCUGAAGAACACAAAGCUCUCACUGGAUCUGCAGUUCAAACAUCACCUGUGAAUGAUUACUUCAAAUCAUCCAGGAGGAACAGUUUGGGGGACUCGAAAUCAAUUUCUUCGUGCAAUCGCUGCAGGCCUGCAACUAUCACAAAGGAGAGUGAUAAUGCAGCAAAGAACAGCAGGCUUUCGAACACCAUAGUGCCAUUGACAGAUUCCCACUUGGCAACACAAUCGCAACCCAAAAGCCGGGGAGUGAUUUCGUGGCUGUUUCCACGGUUAAAGAAGAAGAACAAGAAUGAGAAUUCCCCAAACAGGACAGAGUCAGAGGAUGUCUCUCAGAUUUUUAAGGAUUUGGGGAUAGUGUCAAUUGAAACAUUGAAGAAAGAAUUGAUUGAGGCAAAUGAGACGAGAGAUGCUGCAUUGAUGGAGGUGGGUGAGGUGAAGUCGUCUUUAGGUGAGCUGAGGCAGAAGCUGGAGGGGUUAGAGAGUUACUGUGAGGAGCUAAAGAGAGCUUUGAAGCAAGCCACAAAUGCAAGAGAUCUCCAAACUGUUACCGAUUUGCCAAAGAAAAUAGCAUUGAGCGCAGGGACGAACGGUGAGAAUCAAAUGCCAGUGAGUGAGGAAGUAAUGGUGGAAGGGUUCUUGCAGAUAGUAUCAGAAGCAAGGCUAUCAGUAAAGCAAUUCUGCAAGACACUUGUAAGCCAGAUUGAAGAAACUGAUAGCACCCUGAUGGAGAAUUUGAACGCACUUCUUCAACCUUACAAGUUAGCUCUAAACUCCAAGUACUCAAGAGCUGUUUUGUACCAUUUAGAGGCUAUUAUCAAUCAGGCACUGUACCAAGAUUUUGAGAAUUGUGUGUUUCAAAAGAACGGCUCCCCCAAGCUGUUAGAUCCUCAACAAGAUCGGGAAGCGAAGUUCUCGUCGUUCGUGGCGCUGCGAAAUCUCAGCUGGAAUGAAGUGUUGAGGAAGGGAACAAAGUACUACAGUGAAGAGUUCAGCAAGUUUUGUGAUCAAAAGAUGAGCUGCAUCAUCACAACACUGAAUUGGACAAGACCAUGGCCAGAGCAACUGCUUCAAGCAUUCUUUGUAGCUGCGAAAUGCAUUUGGCUGCUUCACUUGCUGGCCUUCUCAUUCGAUCCACCACUUAAGAUCCUGAGGGUGGAAGAGAACAGAAGCUUUGAUCCGAGUUACAUGGAAGACAUGUUUGCAGAGAGGCAGAGAAAUGGUCCGAGUCGGGUUAAGAUCAUGGUGAUGCCAGGGUUUUAUGUACAAGACAGAAUUUUAAGAUGUAAAGUUGUUUGCAGGUACAAGUCACCUGCUUAAGGUAUUUGGAGAUUGUUCUUAUAUGUAUAAAUAAGAAUGGGUGUAGAAAAUCAAUCAAAUUUAGUGAAAUAUUUGCUCCUGUGUUCCAAUUA